CCAUAUCCUCCAACUUCGAGCAUCUACUCGUCUGGACGCCGUCCAUCUUCCACUCGUCAUUUGACUCGGCUCUGCGGCGGGGGGCUCGUUGCCCGCUCCUGCCAGACACUCUUAUCUGCCCGCUUCUCCUCCCAUCGAUUAUCUUCUGCCCCCCCCCUCCUCCUCUUCUUCUCAUCCCAACAUGACGCUCGACACAGAAGCCAUCGCAAAGGUCCACGCGGCCCUCUUCCCCGGCUUCGGGCCCACACCGGCGCGCCUCGUCCCCGCGCUUGCGGAUGAGCUCGGGUGCGCCGCAGUGUACGUUAAAGACGAGAGCUCGCGCUACGGCCUGCCAGCGUUCAAGGUGCUCGGGGCGAGCUGGGCAGUUUGCUCCGUGCUGGGGCAGCGGUGGGGUGUUGAUCCGUGGGACAUUGAAGUGCUGCGCGCAAGGGUGAAGGAAGUGCCGGGAUUGACUGCGUUUGCGGCGACGGACGGCAACCAUGGGCGUGCGGUCGCCCAUACCGCCCGCCUACUGGGUUUUGCUGCGCACAUUUUCGUCCCGUCUACCGUAGAGCAGUGGUCGAUAGACGCCAUCGCUUCGGAGGGGUGUCCUGUCACUCCCGUCGACGCGGACUACGACGGGGCAGUAGAGGCCGCGCUGCAGGCAUCGCGCAAGCUCGGCAAAUUGGGCCUCUUUGUGCAGGAUACGAGCUUUGAGGGGUACACGGACAUUCCGCUGCGUAUUGUGCACGGCUACUCGACGAUCGCAAGCGAGCUGUCGACGCAGCUGCCCGUUCCGCCCAGCGUAGUCGUCGUCCCGGUCGGCGUUGGUUCGCUCGCCCACGCCAUUGUGUCGUACUAUGGCGCAGGGGGCGCACAUCCAGCGCGCGUGAUCAGCGCCGAGCCAGAUGCCGCACCAUGCCUUCAUGCCUCACUGGCCGCUGGCAACCUCACCAGCACGACUGAGCAACGGUUUACGAUCAUGCCGGGACUCAACUGCCCGACUGUGAGCGCGUUGGGUUGGGACGACUUGCGCGCAAGUAUCCGGCCUGCAGACGCCAUGGUUGUGACGGACGCCGAGGCGGAGGCGGCGAUGGCGCGGCUCAGCGAGGUGGGGUGUGCGGUCGGCCCAUGCGGCGCAGCGACGCUCGCAGCGGCCAGAAAGGCGCAGUUUGAGAAGGACGAUGUUGUGGUGCUCAUUUGCACUGAGGGGCUGCCGCAGAAGUAGACUAGAUGUAUGGAUAUCUGUG